GUCAUCUUCUUCGUUCCCUCUGCUUUUCUUCAUCACCGCCAUAGAGGAGGUCGAGGUCGACGCCCCCGCGUGCCCUUCCUUCGAUUCGACGCCCCCCCCGACGAGGAAGAGAAGACCUCCGGCAGCGCCCGCUUCCGGCCGGCGAACCGUCGACCGUCGCCGGCGAACCUCCGCGACGGAAAAACCACCCGCCAAUUGCAUCGCAGCUGAUCGAUCAGCUGCUGCGGGGACCGAGGCGGGGCGAGGGAAGCACGACCGUGAAAAGGAUUGAUUCGAGCAGGCCCUUGAGAACACUGGGAACAGCUCGGAGCCGCGGGCGCAUUGUAUCGGGGCCUCCUCGGUGUCGGCGUCGGUGUCGGAAAGAUGGGUUACGAUUCCGGCGAUGGUUCGGAAGACAGUCGAGAUGAUGAUGACGAGGAGGAAUAUGAAGAGGGUGGGAGCGGCAACCGCUUUCUGGGGUUUAUGUUUGGAAAUGUGGAUAACUCGGGUGACCUCGACGUCGAUUAUCUUGAUGAGGAUGCAAAGGAGCAUCUUGCGGCAUUGGCUGACAAGCUUGGUCCAUCUUUGGCUGAUAUUGAUUUAUCUGUAAAAUCACCAAGGACGCCUGUUGAUGCUGCUGAACAAGAUUACGAUGAGAAGGCUGAAGAUGCUGUUGACUAUGAAGAUAUUGAGGAGCAGUACGAGGGUCCAGAGAUCCAAGCUGCUAGUGAGGAAGACAAUUUGCUUCCAGAGAAGGAUUAUUUAUCUGCCAAAGUUCCUUUUGCUACUUUGCAUGAUAGAGCUUCAGUAUAUGAUGAUGAAAAUUAUGAUGAGGAUGAGGAAGAUGAGAAAGAGCAGGAGGUCGUAGAUAAAGAUGCUGCACAAGCUGCUUUAUCAGAAGUGCAGGCUGCAAGUCCUGCAGUUUUCUCCGAAGGCAGUAUAUCUGCUGAGCAUGAGCAAUGCCAUGCCUCUCCGCAUAAUGAAAGUCCAGUUGCUUCUUUUGAAGAAUUUCAGGAUAUAGCUGAAGCUGAUGAGGAACCAUCGGAGGAUAAAGCUGCUUCUUUGUUACCAGUUCUGUGUAUUCAAAAUGGGAUGGUCAUUUUACGGUUUUCCCAAAUAUUUGGCAUUCAUGAGUUUUCAAAGAAAAGUUACAGAAGGGAUCACAAGACCUCAGUCCACAAAGAGACGUUUAAGUCUACAGAUGCAUCUCAUGCUGUGGAAGAAGAUGAAGAGGCUUUCUUAAGAGGUUUGAGUCAGGGUCUUUCAUCCCUUAAACUGGUACAAGAAGUCCAAGAUGACAUAUUGGGGAAUACCAGCGGUGAUACACAGUAUGAAAACUAUGGUGCUGGGCACAGCGAAGGUAGAUUUUCUCUGAGAGCUGACGAGGACAUUUUUCUUAGUGGAGGACCAAUGAAAGAGGAUUUAACAAUAGACCUCUCUUCAGUUUGGCAGUUGCCUCAAAGUCCUAAUUUCUAUCCUCUUGGUCAGCAAGACUGGGAAAAUAGCAUCAUUUGGGAUGGUUGUCCUCCAAGCCCUGAAAAUUCUGCUGAAAACCACGAGCUACGCAUAGUUGAUUUAGGAGACUCAUUUGGUGGAAUUUCUGAGCCACAGAUUGGAUCAGAAAAUCUUCAAUUAGGGCAUCAGAUGGCCCAAAUUGAGAAGAUGGAUGGAUUAAGGUGUCCUGCUUCUUUGGUUUCUGUUGGAUCAAACAGCACAUUGAGGUGUUCCGAUCUUGGAGUUUCCAAGGACUUCCAUCCCCAACUUCUGAGAUUAGAGUCUCAUUUGGAAGAUAAAUUUUGCCAUGGAGAUGGUUUGGAGGAUAAAAGGACAGAAGAGCAGCUUCAGCGUGAUGCUUUAACACAAUUUAGCAAAAUCUCGUUGCAGAAUAGACACAUUCUGGAUGGGUCCUGGGUUGAUGAGAUAAGCUGGGAGCCUACUGUUUCAAUUGCAAAACCAAAGCUUAUUUUUGAUCUCCAAGAUGGACGUAUGCUUUUUGAGGUUUUAGAUGACAAGGAUGGUAACAAUUUUUGGCUUCAUGCAGGGGCUAUGGUGAUGACCCGAUCUCCAGACCCCAUUAGUCAUGAUUCUCAUGAGCUGAUCAGUCAUGGUAGACUCUCUGGUUGGCAGUUUGACAUUGCCAAUGACAUUUUCUAUUCAAACAGGAAAACGUCUCAGCAGCUUAAUACUAGCUCUGAAAAACGCAUUGCUUAUGGUGGUGAAGUAUAUCAUUCAGCACCUGCCCUUAAGUUGGAGACGAUGAAACUAAAGUUGAGCAAUAAAGAUGUAGCCAAUUUUCAUCGACCUAAAGCUCUUUGGUAUCCGUACGACAAUGAGGUUGCAGUUAAGGAGCAAGGGAAGCUAUCUACUCAAGGACCAAUGAAGAUUAUUGUAAAGAGCUUGGGGGGCAAAGGAAGUAAACUUCAUGUUGAUGCUGAGGAGACUAUUUCGUCAAUUAAGACAAAGGCUUCAAAGAAACUAGAUUUCAAGCUAUCUGAACCAGUGAAGAUCUUUUACCGUGGAAAUGAACUUGAAGACCAUAAAUCUCUUGCUGAUCAAAAUGUCCAACCAAACUCAUUGAUACAUAUUGUUCGUACAAAUUUGCAUUUACUGCCCAGGGCACAGAAGAUUCCUGGUGAGAAUAAGUCUCUGCGUCCUCCUGGUGCAUUCAAGAAGAAAUCUGAGCUCUCUUUGAAAGACGGUCAUGUGUUUCUAAUGGAGUAUUGUGAGGAAAGGCCCUUAUUGCUGAGCAAUCCAGGGAUGGGCGCGAGACUUUGCACAUACUAUCAGAAAACAGCCCCGAGUGAUCAAAAUGGCAUCUCUUUACGUAGUGAAAACAAGAGUCUGGGGACUGUGAUGGUACUAGAUUCUGCUGAUAAAUCCCCUUUCCUUGGAGACAUAAAACCUGGUUACGCGCAAUCGUCUCUUGAAACAAACAUGUAUAGAGCACCUGUAUUUCCUCACAAGGUGUCCUCAACCGACUAUCUUUUGAUUCGCUCACCAAAAGGGAAGCUUUCUAUUAGACGGGUCGACAGGAUUAAUGUUGUCGGACAACAGGAGCCUCUCAUGGAAGUUAUGUCUCCAGGAACAAAAGACCUUCAAUCUUUUCUCUUGAAGAGAGUACUGGUUUACAUGUUUCGACAGUUUCGUGCCCUUAAAAAACGCAGUGUAGCUCCUUAUGUCCGUGCAGAUGAGUUGUCCUCACAGUUCCCGAACCUGUCCGAAGGCUUUUUCCGCAAUAGAUUGAAAAAGCAUCCAUGUGCCGAGUUGAAGAGGGGUUCCCAUGGGGAAUGGAUAUGGAAAAUGAGGCCCAAUUUCCACAUUCCAUCAGAAGAAGCAUUGAGAAAAUUAGUGCCGCCAGAGAAAGUCUGUGCAUAUGAAAGUAUGCAAGCUGGUCUUUACAGGCUCAAACAUUUAGGAAUAACAAGACUUAUGCAUCCAACUGGAAUUGCAUCUGCAAUGAGUCAGCUUCCCAAUGAGGCAAUUGCCCUCGCUGCUGCAUCACACAUUGAGAGGGAACUGCAAAUUACUCCGUGGAACUUGAGCAGCAACUUUGUCGCCUGUACAAACCAGGUUCGAGAAAAUCUUGAGCGUUUGGAAAUUUCUGGUGUUGGCGACCCAUCUGGUCGGGGUCUUGGUUUUAGUUAUGUUCGUGCUGCUCCAAAGGCACCAAUGUCGAGUGCAAUGACAAAGAAGAAAGCAGCUGCUGCUCGUGGAGGUUCCACAGUUACUGGCACAGAUGCUGACUUACGUAGACUCAGCAUGGAAGCUGCACGAGAGGUUCUUCUAAAAUUCAAUGUGCCUGAUGACAUUAUAGCUAAGCUGACUAGGUGGCAUCGGAUAGCAAUGAUCCGCGAACUUUCUAGUGAACAAGCUGCUUCUGGAAUUAAGGUUGACCCUACGACGAUUAGUAAAUAUGCACGUGGUCAGAGAAUGUCUUUUAUUCAGUUGCAGCAGCAAACCCGAGAAAAAUGUCAGGAAAUUUGGGAUCGACAACUCCAUUCUCUUACAGCUAUCGAUGGUGAUGAAGGUGCUAGCGAUUCAGAAUCCAACAGCGACCUAGAUUCCUUUGCAGGGGACCUAGAAAAUUUGCUUGAUGCGGAAGAAUUUGAAGGGGAUGAAGCAAUUAAUGAACGCAAGCAUGAUAGGUCUGAUGUCGUCAAGGGACUAAAAAUGAGGAGGCAUUCAUCCCUGGUUGAGGCUGAGGAAAAGGUGCAAGACGAAGCUGCUGAAGCCGCUGAAUUAUGCAGGAUGCUCAUGGAUGGGGAGCGCAUCAAAAAACCAAAGAAAGUAGUGAAGCAAGUAUCAAGCUCAGUUGCUGGUGAUGGUUCAAAGCAGAGUAUGAAUGGUGAUCAGGAAGAUGUGGAAACUCUGCUAGCCAAAAAGAACUUCCCAAUGAAGGUGAAAGCUAAGAAGAUUAAAAUAUUGGGCGAUGGAAUGAAGAUCUUUAAGGAGAAGAAAUCAGCCAGAGAGAGUUUCGUCUGCGGGGCCUGUGGACAGCUUGGACACAUGAGAACCAACAAAAAUUGCCCCAGGUAUGGAGAGGAUCUCGAUUCACAGGCAGAAGCCAUUGAUCCCGAUAAGGCAAUGGGGAAGUCACAUUUAGUCGAUCCUGCUAGUCUUCCCCAACAGAAAUCUGUGACAAAGAAGAUGAUGCCUAAGAGUGCAACAAAAAUUUCUCCGGCAGAAAACACCGAAGGUCAGAAAUCUGGCUCCAAAACAAAAGUUCACUCUUUGAAGCUCAAAUGUGGAUCAAUUGACAAGCCUCCUGAUGACAUCACUCUGGGCUCUACCCAAGGUUCAGAACAAGUGGCAAUGUCCAUUAUCGAUGGUGGGAACAAGUCUGCUGUGAAGGUGAAUAAGAUAGUUAUCUCUAGCAAAACAAAACCAGCAGAUGUACAACUUGAAUCCCAUAAACCUUCUAUUGUGAUACGCCGUCCACCUGAUGCUGAUAGAGUCCAUCCAGAAGCACAGAAGACCUCUAUUGUAUUUCGGCCACCGGUGGAUACAGAAAAAGCACAAACUGAGCCUCAUAGGCCAUCUAUUGUCAUACGGCCACCGGCAGAUAUUGAAAAGGAACAAUCUCACAAAAAGUUAAUUAUCAAGAGGCCAAAAGAAGUUAUUGACCUGGACCAGGCCAGUCAGGAAGGAAGUACUGAUUUUGAGCACAGAAAGACAAAGAAAAUCAUAGAACUGUCAGAUUUUGAGAGAUACAGGACGCAAGAGAACACUUAUUUGACAGAGUCGUCAUCAAAGAAGAAAUCUCGGGAAGAAAAAAGAUGGUGGGAAGAAGAAGAGAAGAGGAGAAAUAUGGAGAGAUUGCGAGAAGAAAGGACAAAGAGGCAGUAUAUGGAAGAAAUGAGAAUGUUAGAAGAGAGAGAAAGGUUAGCUGAGAUACAAAAAUACGAAGUGUCAUUAAGACGGGAGAGGGAAGAGGAAGAGCGGCAGAAAGCAAAGAAGAAACAGAAGAAGAUGAAAAAGGUUGAAGCUAGAGAUGAGUACCUAGAAGACUAUAGGGCUAGAAGAAACGAUAAAAGGAUGCUGGAAAGGGACCGGACAGCAAAGAGGAAGCCUCUUAUCGAGCCUGGAAAAUUGAGUGCAGACUAUGCCCUACCUACAAAGCGUCGUAGAGGCGGGGAGGUUGGAUUGGCGAACAUCUUGGAGCGCAUAGUGGAGACACUAAGGGGCAGGCAGGAGGUUUCUUAUCUCUUUUUGAAACCCGUCACCAAGAAAGAGGCUCCAGACUAUCUGGACAUCAUUGAUAAGCCAAUGGAUCUGUCCACUAUUAGGGAGAAGGUUAGGAGGAUGGAGUAUAAGAACCGCGAGGAUUUUAGGCAUGACGUGUGGCAGAUCACGUUCAAUGCCCACAGAUAUAAUGAUCGGCGCAAUCCUCAGAUUCCUCCCCUUGCAGAUCAGCUUUUGGAGCUAUGUGACUACUUGUUAAAUGAAAAUGAUGAGAGCUUGACUGAAGCUGAAGAGGGUAUUGAAUAUUAGUUAGAGCAAUGGAGGGAUGUGUAUAGUUUUACUCUCAUCCAAAAAUUCUACAGUAGCCACAUCCUUUCCUGUACAUAUGCAGUCGGUUUCUAACUUCUAAGAUGACUUCCUUUGUGGGGAUGUCUCUAGGUCAGGUUGUUUGUUCAUGUUGUAUUAUUGAAAAGAUUUUGGCUUCUGCUGUAUGAUUAUGUCAAAUGCAUAUUGGAGAAAUAACAAGAGGAAAGUUUUCUUAUA